GGCGGGGCGGGGUCUGGGCGCUGCUGUGGAUCGGCGGCAGUCGGGGACAGGUGGCCGAGCCGAGCCGAGCCGAGCGAACCCGAACGGAGCCGAGGGUCACCGAGUGGAGGUAGUACGAGGCCGAGUGUCGGCAGCCGAGGAGAGCCGGGGCGGAGGGGGUCGAGCGGCGGCAGCAGCAGCGGAGGAGGAGGGCCAGGCAAGGCAAGGCCGCAGGUACCGGGCCAGAGCCUGUGUCCGGACGUAUUCCAUCAGGACCAGUGAGCGGCGGCGGCGGAUCCCGUCAUGUCCACUCCGGCGAGAAGGCGGCUCAUGAGGGACUUUAAGAGGCUGCAAGAGGACCCUCCAGCAGGAGUGAGUGGUGCACCAUCUGAUAAUAACAUAAUGUCAUGGAAUGCAGUUAUAUUUGGACCCGAAGGGACACCUUUUGAAGAUGGUACUUUCAAAUUGGUUAUAGAGUUCACAGAAGAGUACCCCAAUAAACCUCCAACAGUUAGAUUUGUGUCAAAAAUGUUCCAUCCAAAUGUGUAUGCAGAUGGAAGUAUAUGCUUAGACAUUCUUCAGAAUCGCUGGAGUCCAACUUACGAUGUUUCUUCAAUUUUAACAUCUAUUCAGUCGCUACUUGAUGAGCCAAACCCAAAUAGUCCAGCAAAUAGCCAGGCUGCACAACUUUAUCAAGAAAACAAGCGAGAAUACGAGAAGAGGGUAUCUGCCAUUGUGGAGCAGAGUUGGAGUGACUGCUAACCCCUCGACAGCAACAACAGUUCUCUGCCAUCUGCCCAGCGCGUUGUUCGAUCUGAAUAAUCGCACAAGAUGGUGUCAUGAGACUGGCAGAAGAGUCAGCACAAGUUCUUUGCUGAAAUUCUUAAGGAAUUCAACCCUUUUAACGUUUGUGCUGUUAAAGGGUUCUUCUGUUGCAUGAUGUGAAUUUGUAAGCAGUAUUUGAUUAAUCUGUACACUCUUUCAUUGUUUAGGCAUCAUCACUGAUCCAUGUGUGCAUCAACCUGCAUAAUAGCUCCUCACUCACACAAGUGAGUGCAAAUUGUUGAAUUGCUGGCUGCAUUGCCAUUGCAAUAAAUCCCAAUUCUGGAAUCCAUUAUAUUAAACCUCUACUUCACUGUUAAAUGCUGGUAUCCUGAUCACCAGCUGAAACUCUUGUGUACACUUGAAAAGCAAUUACAAUGUAUUCUGCCUAGCAACAGCAAACGGCCUGUUGGCCGACCUGGAACUUACUUAGAAUCUCAGUGUAGGUUCGUAGUAAGCAGGCCUUUUCUUUUCAUCCAGUUCUCGAUGAAACUGGGAGAAUUUCUCAAUGAAAUUGAUGAGAGAAUACGUGCCCAUAUUUUCUCGGUGUUUAUUUUGGAGGGGUCAGGUGGAGUGGCAGGGAACGUGCCUGUUUAUCACUUGGAAAAGGUGUACCAUGUGUCAAAUCUGUUUCGACUAAUACAACUGGUACUAGUUGUGUUUACAGCCAGCAAUUGGUCACGCAGAUUCACUGGAAAAGGCUUGAAUCUGUAAAAGGACAAACAGCAGGUGCUUCUGUUAUCUCGUGCAUGUAGAAUAGUCACCUUUAACAUUAUGACCGUGGGUUACUAAUCUGUAGCAUGGAUCACUCAUGACUUGUUACAUUUUCAAUUAUUCACUUUUGGAUACUCUCGACAAAGCACAAUUAAAUUUAAGAAUGGAUUGUGGUGAAUUGGCAGCCUGCUUCAUUCGAUGCAUGUGCCGUCUCACAAGAGUCGAUUAUGUUUGGGAGACUAAGGCAUUUGAUCACACUUUAAAGUCUGUUCCAGCAAAUAAAAAAUUGUGUUCAAUAUUUACCCUCCCCCUCCUCCCGAGGUACUUAUUCAUAUGGGAGAUGAAAUCCUUUGGCUCCUGAUGUUUUUCAUUUUUAACACUGGUUUGGAUAAGCGCGAGUGCUAUUAGAUCACCUGAUGGUAAAAUGCAACAGUUAAAUCUGGUGCCAUUUCUUGAUGCCCAUCCAAAUUUGGCUUUGAAUUUUCUUUUGUUCGGUUCAUAAUGGUAUCCUGUACGCUGGAGAGCCAAGCUUCAGAUUUCUUUUUAUAAAGAGCAGUAUUCCAAAUGUAUUGUAAUUUUAUCAUCUAUUCAGUAUCCUCUCUCACUUUGUCCUAUUAGUGGCAACUAUGGGGACAAUUGGAAUGCUCUUGCACUGAAGAUAAUUUCAUAUUUUGGUAGCGUUCUGUGUAUUUAGUUAGAAAUAAAGCUGGUGGUUUUAUUUUAUGAUACUUUGUCACUGCUGUGCUAAACUAAAUACACGGACAAAACCAUUGGAAUGAUUGUAAAAUCAAGUAUGAAAUGUAGAGUAUUCCCAAAUUAUUUUGUGGAGUAAAGAGGGUGUCUGCCAUUGUGGAGCAGAGUUGGAGUGACUGUUAACCUACGGUAAAGAUUCUUAUUGUCUACCCCCCCGCCCCACCAAAGUACACCCAAUGAUAGUGGGUGACUUAGCUGACAGGAGGUCAAACUUGAAAUGAGACAUUUUAAAGACAAACUACUGAGCCACUUUCACGUCUGAAGCAUGAAUUGCAUCUAUCGUUAUUGAUGUGUUUAGUAGGAAUCAUCCAGUUCUGUAUUCUCCAGGAGGGAAUUUUCACAAGCCUUAUCAUUAUAAGGAUUGUGACCACGGUGAACUGGGUAGUUCAGGUGAUCAUCUUUUCACUUUUAAGCAGCUUUGGAGAUUGGUUUUAGUGAUGCGUAUGUGUGUGCGUGUGAGUGAAAAUACUUCUCAUUUGUUUUCUGCUUUCGCUGUAAUUAACUUUAAUAUAAUUGUCCACUGUACUCUAGUAAUGUUUUUUCAAAGGUUACAAUUUCAGCUAUUUUGUGAGAAUUACUGUUUAUUCUGUAUAAAGAACUCUUAUUCUUAUUUUGUAAAGAUGUUUUCAUUCAAAUCUUUAGCCCCAUUUAAGGUGCAUCAAACAUUUUUGUACUCUACAAUGCUUUUUAUAAGGACGUGAGUAAAGGAAAAUGUAUUUAUGAUCCCUUCGAGUAAUUCAAUAGUAGUAAUUGGUCACCAUCUAUUUUAUGAAGAAAACAAAUAAUUUAGUCACUUAAGAAGUUUUAUACAGGAAGUGAUUAAUGAUAUUAACUCUGUAAUUGUUUGUCGUGGUAGUGUUUUUUUGGCCUUGUUUUUACUCUUGUCUUGAAGACUUUGGAAAAACAAUUGAACUAUCGACGGGCUGGAUUUCUUUUUUUACGAGGCAACUCCAGCAAGAAUGUUUCUAGCCCUCUGGGGAUUGCAGUUUUCAUGCUUAUGUUGUACAAUAUGUAUUGAUGCAAACACAUUUUCAGAUUUUUUUUAAUAAAAUCUCUUACUUUAUGAA